UCCGUGGCGGCACUUCAUAGUCACAGUCUCCGUCAGCAUCAUGGCCUACAAGCAGCUGGUUGUUGUUGCGGCCUUCGUGGCCGUAGCUCAUGCCGGAGUCAUCGGCCCCGUCGGGCUUGGUGGCCUCAUCGGCAGCCCGCUCGGCCCCAACAUCCUCACCGGCCAGGCCCUCUCCGGCUCCAUCCUCGGCGGCCACGGCGGCUACGUGAACGGCCUCGUCGGCGCCCCCGGCCUGGUUGCUGCCCCCGGUGUCAUCGGCCACGGCCCCGUCGUCGCCGCCGCCCCCGCCGUCAUCGCCGCCCCCGCCGUCGAGCCCUACGACCCCCACCCCCGGUACCAGUACUCGUACGGCGUGUCUGACCCCCACACCGGCGACUCCAAGAGCCAGACCGAGGUCCGCGACGGCGACGUCGUCAAGGGCCAGUACUCCCUCAACGACCCCGACGGCACCCGCCGCACCGUGGACUACGUCGCCGACCCCAUCAACGGCUUCAACGCCGUGGUGCGCAAGGACCCCCUGGUGCACCAGGUGGCCGUCGCCGCCCCCGCCGUCGUCGCCGCCCCCGCCGUGGUAGCCGCCCCCGCCUACGGCCACCUUGGCCUCGGCCACGCCGGUCUGGGUCUGGGUCUCGGCCACGCUGGCCUGUACUGAGGAGUCGUCCUGCCCUGACGUCUCUCACUCUCCCUCUUUUGUGAAGCACGCCAAGACUAAAAACCAAAAUAAAAAAUAUUUAUGGAA